CGAACCAGCGUCUUGCACACGCCGACAGGGUCUGCGGAUUUUUGUUUGCAGGUCACGGCUUGGGUGCGCGGGUUGGUCGGAGAUCGGGCUCCUCUGGCCCCCGAAGCCUGCCCUCGGAGAUCUGGCGUGGUGGCCCUUUCCUUGCCACUGCCUUGGCCAUGAUCGACUUCGAGGAGCUGGAGCAGGCCGAGGCGUGGCCGCCGGUCAGCUGGGCUCAGCUGCGGGCCACCGUGGAGGUCACGGCGCUGGCGCUGCCGGACAUCAGAGGGGGCCUGCCACGCCCGCGGCCUGCUGCGGAAGUGGGGCUUCGAGGGUGCGGAGGUGUUCCUCGGCCUCUGGAAGGAGGACGUCGAGCUCGACGAGUGGGUCAGGGCAGGGCGCAUCACCGAGAGCCGGAGAGCGUCACCUCUGGCAGGGUGGCGUGCCACUUCGGGCACAGGGCCAUCCUGGAGGACUUCCUGCGCGGGCCGGAGCCCCGCAGGCCGUGGCUGCUCGUGUUCGAGGAUGACCUCCUGGACGCCCCUGCGGAGCCGCUGCAGGCGGCGCUCCUCGGCUUUCUGGCAGAGGUGCCUGCGACUUGGGACGUGCUGCACCUCGGCUACCUCUGGGAGAGCAGGGAAGACCGCGAGCACGUCAGCGGCAGAGUCUUCCGUUCGCACUCCGCGGUCGGCCGCCACGCCUACAUGGUCACGCGCCACGCCGCGCGGGCGCUCCUGGAAGCGACGUGGCCGCAGUCGGACGCGGGCGACGAAAUGUACCUGAGGGCCAUCCGAGAGCGCGGCCUGUCGGCCUACCAGCCCCUGGAGCCGCUGUUCCGGCAGGACCGUGACAGGUUCCCCUCCCGCAUCCUGCUGCACAGGCGCCCCGCCCGCGACUUCCGGCCGAGCCCCAGGGAGCUGGCUGGGUGGCAGGCGGAGGCGGCCGCGUCCAGGAGGGCGCGCAGCCCCAGCGACGGCCGCCGCCUUUUCGAGGAGUUUGCGGGGGAACCGGUCACUCAGCUGCGGGCCGAGCAGCUGGCGGCGCAGUGGGACGACAGGAGGGCCAACCCGGACAUCGAGCUGGGCGGGCCGCUGCUGCUCGUGGCCGCCCCCAGCGGCUGGAGCCCCGAGGUCGCGUCUGGCGAGCGCUCGCUGAGGAUGGCCGCUCGGCCCGUCCGCUCGGUCGUCGGCGCGUGGGCUCUGGAGGACGGUCAGGGCCUGGGGCCGUCCCUGCAGAUCAGCCGCGCGGAGGGGCGCGGCCUCUGCGCGGCGGUGCGGCGCGGCUCGGCGGAACUCCUCGCGGACCUGGCCCCCGCAGGGCCGCCAGGCCAGCUCGAGGGCGCCCUCCGCGAUCACGGCGGAGCCCGCCGAGGCGUGCUGCGCGUGCGCGCGGGCGACGGCCCCGAGUGGAUGCUCGUGAGCCACUCGGCCGCCGGCGAGGCCCGCAGCAACGCCGAGUGGUCGAGGGCGCGCCGCGCGGAGGACUGCGGCGACGGCGAGGAGGAGGUCGAGCACUCGCUGAGCGUCCGGCUUCAGCCUGGCGGCACGGAGGUCCACUUCCUCGGCGGCCGGCCGCCACGCCGGUGGCGGCUGCUGCCCCCAGACGGUUCCAGGGGUGCGCGGCUGCGGCGCGGGCCGCAGGACGCCGCCGCGGCUGCCGCGUUCGCCGACAGCGACGAGCUGCUGCCGCGGCGGCAGAACUUCCGCAUCCUGGAACCCGCCGGGGGCGCCUUCGUCGUCCGGGUCCGGCUGGCCCCGCGGCGCCGCCUCGUGUGGUACGAGCCCGCGGCGGAGGGGCCGCCGGCCGAGGCGGGCGAGGAGGCGCCGCUGCUCCCCUCCCACUGCCCAGCCCCCGAGGUGCUCCCCGGCCCGGGCGCCGCCCUGGAUCAGAUCUUGCCCUUACGGCUCGUGGGCCCCUGGGCCCGGUGGAGCACCAGCGCUCCCGGCCUCGAGUUCCAGCCGCAGCCGUUCCGGCCGCUGGAAACUGGAGGGAACACCGGCUGUGCUUCCGCAUGCUGGGAGACAGGGUGGUGUUCCAGGUAGUGAGCGCCCGCGCAGGCUUCCGCUGGCGGUGCUACCCCUCCGCGCAGGAGUGCGGCGCGGGCGCGGCGCGGACGCUGCCGCGCGGAGGAGCCGUUCACCAUCCUCACCGUCUCGGUGUGGCUGAGGGCAGCCGCCCGGGGCGGCGCGGCCGGGGCGUGCGCAGACGUACGCGUGGAGUAUUCCCUGGGCGACACGGGCCUCCGCGCCGCAUCGGGCCCAGCUACUACCAGUUCCCGGUGCGGGGCCGCGGCCAGGCCGACUUGCCCCGGGACGCGGCGCCGCGAAAGGGCGCGCUGGUCGCGGCCGGGCGCGGGGAGGGCC